CAGACAUGUAAAAGCGAAUCGCUCUCUAAAAUUAGAAGUUUGGUGGAAAAUUCUCAGAAAGAAAAAUAGCAAAGCUAAAUAUAAACUAAGAUAAACAAACUUAACGCGAUUUAAUUUUGUAAUUAUUAUUUAGUAACUGUCAUUGCGAUUCUUAAUCUUUUCUUGUAAUUUUAGUUUUGAGUUGAAAGUAAAAAAGUAAAUAAUGGAAUUCGAUGAGAGCGAUUUUUCAGAAAUAUCGACAGAGAAAGUAGAUGUGUAUAUUCGCAAUGGGAAGUAUUUUGACGGAAUAGAACAAGCUGAAAUGAAAGUUAACAUUUGGCCGCUUAUUUUUACGUUUAUUUUUGCAGUUCUUGGAUUCAUCGGUAAUAGUAUUGUCAUAUACAUCUACUGGCGGAAGUGGAAGACAUCUAAAACACGAGUUUUUAUUUUGACAUUAGGAGUUUUAGACUGGUUUAAUUGUGCUUUUAACAUGCCAGUUGAAAUAGUCGUAUUGUGGCUCCCCCUGUCAUUUGACUUACAUUACUUGUGUAAAAUAUCACGCGGUUGUACAUUCGUUAUAAACAAUACAGGAUCAUUAGUACUUGUUUCAAUAGCCAUAGAACGGUAUAUUGUUGUGUAUCACCCGCUCAAAAACAGACAACUUACACCAAAAUUCGCAAAAGUGAUGUGUCUUCUUGCGUUCACAAUAUCUUCUUUAUUUUCAUGGCCAUCUUACGUUUUCUACGGAAGCCAUACACUAACAAUUCAGAUUGCAAAGGGCACCUUUGUUGUUGGAAAAACCUGUUUGAUUGCUGAUGAACAUGAAGUUCGAACAGGACUACUGCUGAUAUUUACCACUGUGUUAUUUACCCUACUUGUAUUAGUUUUUAUAGUACUUACUGUCCUGUAUAUUGCUAUCGGGCGCAAAAUAUACAUCGCAACGUGUACAGAUCUCACCGCAAAUGGAAGGGAACAAGUGAGAGGUUUGUUAAAAAAGAGUAUUAUUUCGGCAAUAACUGGAGUUGCCGAACCCACUGAAAAUAAAAGCAACUCCACAAUUAGACACACAGCAUAUCACAAUAGUAAUAAGACAAAAAGAAGUUCCCAAAGUAUUCAGGAACAAUCGAUACCAAGCAUAAUAGAAAAUGAAGAUUCAAAAAUGACUUCUGAUUCCAACGAAAACGUGUCUUCUACGAGUCUGAAACAUAAAGUGCGGAAAGUGAAAGCUACUCGGAAGAACACUGUAAUGAUGCGCAUGGUUACCAUAGCUUUCAUGGCAUCAUUUACGCCGUUUCUUUGCAUUCUCAUAAUACGUUAUACAAAUCCUAUGUAUUAUUUUGGACUUGGAACUGCAGGCAAAAUUGCCUAUGCUGUCUUUCUAAGAACUUAUUUCAUAAAUAGCAUGGUAAAUCCCUUUAUCUAUGGAUUUAUGAAUUUGCAAUUUAGAAAAAUGGUUAAAGAUUUGUUUUUGAACAUAUUCUGUUGUAAAAGUUGCAGAAGAGGAUAUAGUAAAUUCACUCAAAGAUUAAAUAAACAAUAAACAUUUUUGUGAUAAAACAUAAUUUGUUGUUCAUGCAUCUCAUAUGGCAAUGUUUAUUUUUAUGUAACAUAACAACAAUAGAUUUUUUAACAAAAGAUAUGUUUAUUUUUUCAUUUUUUCA